AUGGAAAGAGAGAAUAAUAGAAGAUCCAAUCAGGCAAGAAGGGUCCACUGUAAGAGAUCAUCAGCAUGGGCUGAUCUUCCACUAGAACUUCUUGAGAUUAUUUCUAGAAGUCUGAAUAUAGUAGACUAUCAAAACCUUGGUCGAGUUUGCAGAAGCUGGAGAUUAUUUUAUUCAGAAUUUAAGCAGAGUUUUCUGACAUCUCAUUCACCACUUAUUGUUUAUGCAUCAACACGAGCUAAGAAGUAUUGUUAUUUCUUUGACAUAACUACUCGAAUGAAAUACAAGACUAAGCUGCCUCGAUAUAUUAGCAAUUUCAAAUUCUGUCUUGGUGUUUCAAGUGGAUACUUAAUCAUGCUCUGUCUCAAGACAAACAAUGUUUCAAGGGAUUAUUUAUGGGUUAUAAAUCCUUUUACGGGACAUCAAAUCCAAUUCCCUUGUGUGCCCUGGCCUCAUUGUAUUAAGGAUUAUCAUGACUCUUGCAUCUCCCGUAGCAUCUUUGCUUCCUUUGGUUCACAGGGUCAAGAUUUUCUUAUUAUGAUUCUUUCCAAGUAUGUCUCAAGCUUGCAUUUCUGUACUUCUAGAGAUAACAAGUGGAAAGUAUAUCAUUAUGUUAAAAAGGGUUGGCGUAUAUUGGAUAUAGUUGUUUUUUAUGGUAGGAUAUAUGUUCUAGACAGUAAUUCUCAGAUUGGGAUAUUCAACCUAAGAUCUUGUGAUUUGAGGUUUUUGGAACUAAAAUUUUCACCUCGUUUCGGCAGUUAUUUUGAUGAGUGGAUUAGGUUGGUGGCUUCAAAUGAUCAGCUGUUUGUAGUUGAUUCUCCUAAAGUUUACAGAAUAGACUUGUCAAGGAUGGAAUGGGUAAAGGUGUAUAAUUCAGGUGAUCAAGCUUUGUUUCUUGGCCAUGGUGACGUGAUGUGUUCCAAGGAGCCACGGGAAACUAUUACUGUUGAUUUGCCACAGCAAGGGGGUGGGAAAGUUUCUUAUCUUUUCUGUGCACCUAGAAUGGAAAAAUUAAUUUUCAAAACUGAAACAGAAGAUUUCGGGGCAGUGAAUGUAUCAGCAAUGUUGUUAAUUCUUGCUGAGGACAUCAGCGCCAAUUCUCUUCCACGCCCUUUCCUGGGAUCUUCUGAUUUUAGGCUUUUGGAAUUGAAUUUUGCACCUCGUUUUGACUGGUAG